UACGGCACCAUGAAGCUCAGGACUUAAGUUCAGUAUGGGUAGUAAAAGAGGAUCUAGUGACAGGAGACGCUCGAUGUCACCAGCUUUCUAUGGCGAUUCGCACACCAGCAGAUGCGCUCAAAUACAAAGUAAUUAUGCCCAGAACAGGCGAAGUGAAGUACUUUCGGCAGGUCAUCCUUUCAACGUAGACUCGAGGGAUCCAGUAUAUGAAAGAGAACACUCUCCGAUCAGUUCCCCUUCCAGGAGAGCUACAAGUGAACAUGACGCCAUGCUAUCUGAACACAAGAGGCAGAUAAGGCGGUUAUUGAAUGACGAAGACCCCGAGCCCAUGACGAGACCCCACAGAAAACGACGACGUCGCGAAAGGAAGACUGACAUUGAAACAGAUCCACGUGAACUCGUCAGUGAAGUAGUGAAGCGACUUAUCAAACUGAAAGGAACUGAUAAAGUCAGCAUGGACCUGCUCAAACGUUCGGUAUAUUCUGACAUCUUAGGCAGUGACAUAAAGAGGAUAGCUCGUGAUGGAACUUUCGAAGGUUUCCUUAAGGAAUACAAGAAUGUGUUUUCCUUGGGAGAAGACAAGACCGUCAGCUAUAACUUUAAGCUUCAGAUUUGUAAAACGAAUGGUGCGAAACCAGGCUCGUGUUUAAAUGCAUGUACAGACCUUCAUUUGUGUAAAUUUCACAUCAUGAGCGAAUGCAUCUCCUCUGGGUGUAGGCAUGGUCAUGGUGAAGAUAUUGAACAUAACGACCAAGUUCUACGUUACCAUUUUCUAAACAAACUGAUUAAACAUGAAGUACGUAGCCAACUACUCGAACUAAGCAACAGACGAGGGCUUACGGUUCCCGAGAUAUGCACGUUCUACAAUGCCAAAGGUUGUAGCAAGAAAGGAACGUGCACGUUUUUGCAUGUAUGCAAAUACUACGUUUUGGAUCGCUGCGAGUUUUCUGCACGAUGUAAACGGUGUCAUAACUUUUCCGAUCCACACACGCGAUCCAUACUGAAAUCGUAUGGGUUAGAGAACAUCUCAGAGCAACGGAUUCAACAGCUCUUGAAGAAAACCAUCAGUGAACAAAGCGUAGACGAAAGAUGCUAUAACAGAAGUCCAUCAAAAGAGAGUGUCCCACAACAGCAGUGGAUUAUGUGGAUCGAGGGACAAGGUGACCAUACCCUGGGUGGCUUGGAGAGUAGAAGACUGGAGCAAAUGUACAAAGAAUGCUUGGACGUAGUUCAUCGAACCUCAGCCAUCAGAGAAGAUUCGUUCCACGACAAUUUUGCCCAAAGGACAAUAUGUCUGAAAGGAAGUGAUCGGGAUGUUGAGUUUAUACGCAAGCCCACGAACACGGUGUCACGACGGUGAAAACGAACGGCGACGCCCUGUCUGUAUCCGAUCCCAUUUUGUAUAAAGCCCUGUGAUCAGGAAUAUAGAGAUAAAUAUUUCAGCCAUACCGCUUAUUGAAGCCACACCGUUUUGCAUUGAUUUUAUUAACACCACAGCAUGGCUGUAAAUUAAAUUCAGUCUUCUCAAGCAUGCACAACAUUGCAAACAAUCAUAACUGUUAUUUCAUUUUUACUAUAGAAAACUUAAAUAGUAUAUUGAGCGUCAUCUAUGCUAUCUCAUAAUUAACCAGCCUAUAUUAUGCCAAUUAUAAACCGGUAAAAUAUAAGUUUUCCUAUUUCACCGUUCCAUAAUCCGAGAAUGAGUACUAUAGUGAUAGCCGAACCCGGAACCCAAUAGAUAUGGAAUGAAAUCCAUGCUGAUAUUUAUCGACAGAAUCCAUCUAAUAAUCAAGAUACUUGUACUAUAUUUUUCAUACGGUGUUACAUUAAGUUACAAUCAGAAUAAUUUCCUGUAUCAUUGUUAGCACAUCAAUUUACAUUUACAAUUUGCAUCAUUUACAUCAAUGUAAAUAUUGUAUAUUUUUUAAAAGAAAAAAGUACGUUUGUGUGUCUGGAUGUGAUAUUUUUCUAUAUUCGUCAAAUAUAUUUGUCGCUCCUUCAUUCAAUGUUUUGUCAACAAAAGCUAGUGUCAUGAAUGUUUUUUUUUUCGAAAUUUAUAUCUGACUAGAUAUUUUCAGCCUUUCUAAAAAAAUUAAAUGAAAACUUGUAUUGCAUUUACUAUUAAACAUUUAUAUAUUUCAGUUUCAACAUUUGACCAAUGUCACCUUUCUUGUAUCAAUCAUUUAUGUACUAGAUAAUUGACAACUAAAAACAUAACAUAGUGUAUAUAAUGUAUAGAUUUAUAUCAUUCAUGCUAACAAACUUCUCAUGGAAUAAUUUUAAACUAAUCGGGAGUGUUACAAUAUAUAUUUACAUUUUUAUAUGUUUCGUUUGUUUGAAAUCUUUCCGACUUUUGCUUAUUUUGCUCAUGCUUUGUACUCGCCUUUUUUAGCCCUACUGACCUAUACAGUGCUAAUGUACCGUUAAGAACGUAAAACUAACUAACCUUCUCAUAAUCAAAGUAAUACCAAGAUAUUCAUUUUUAUGGAAACACUGAUAAAACAAAAACGUAGGCAAAAUAAAAGAAGAUUUUCACAUUACUCCCAAAGAAACAGCAUAUCAACUUAAAUUUUUUUUCUUCCUUUUUGUCUAAGCAGAAAAGCGACCAAUUUAAAAGGAAACCUCCCAGAAUUAGGUCAUUCCCAUGACGUGCUUGUUUAUUCAUUUGAUUCUCUUUUCAGCUUUGCAGAGAUUUAAUAACAUUUCAGUUUAAUCAAGCUGAAAGCUGAUAAGUCAUUGUAGCCAGUUGUUUUUCCACAGAGUCCAGAGAAAAAUACAAGUAUAUAUGAAAUAAUCCGCUAAUUGAAGAAGACAUUUCAGCAGUUCAUCACUGUGUAUCAUAACGUGUUAUCAAAUGAAUCUAUGAAAAUAAACUCAUCUCUUCCUACGAAUAAAAAAAAUGGAUUAAUGGAAUGGACUUUCAAACCGUUUUUGGCACCGCAUGACGUCACAAUGAUUCGCAACUUCGAGUUCAAAUGUUAUCAUCGUAAUAUUCAUGAAGGUGAGCCAGUUCAUGUACUAUUACCGGAAUCGAAAUGUCGAUGGAAGUUAGGAAGGAGGAAACGAUACUCUCAAAGAUCUAAUUUGUAAGAUUCAAUUCACUUCUUCGUUUAAGAUUUCUCUAUUACUCGUCUAGCUAGAACAGCGGGCUAAGAGACGAGGAAAUCACGACCACAGGAAAAAGGAAAAAGUUAUUCUGUUAAUGACAAGCAGGAACGUUUGAAUUUGCAGAAAUUCCAGUCUUGUCCGGAGUGUUUCACUGGCAGUCUUAUACAGCUUCCGUAUCUGAUUUCUCUAAGAUGUCCGUAAUCUGGACAGCGUUUACUUAAUAAAGUCAUCGUCUUCUUGUGAA